AUGGAACCCUCGGCCACUCCUGGGGCCCAGCCCGGGGUCCCCACUGGCAGCGGGGAGCCCUUUCCCCUUCCUCCAGACUAUGAAGAUGAGUUCCUCCGCUACCUGUGGCGCGAUUAUCUCUACCCAAAGCAGUACGAGUGGGUUCUCAUCGUGGCCUACGUGGCCGUGUUCCUCAUAGCCUUGGUGGGCAACACACUGGUCUGCCUGGCUGUGUGGAGGAACCACCACAUGAGGACAGUCACCAACUACUUCAUUGUCAACCUGUCCCUGGCAGAUGUGCUGGUGACUGCCAUCUGCCUGCCUGCCAGCCUGUUAGUGGACAUCACUGAAUCGUGGCUCUUCGGCCAUGCCUUGUGCAAGGUCAUCCCCUACCUACAGGCCGUGUCUGUGUCGGUGGCAGUGCUGACCCUCAGCUUCAUCGCCCUGGACCGCUGGUAUGCCAUCUGCCACCCGCUGUUGUUCAAGAGCACAGCUCGCCGGGCCCGUGGCUCCAUUCUGGGCAUCUGGGCUGUGUCGCUGGCUGUCAUGGUGCCCCAGGCUGCUGUCAUGGAGUGCAGCAGUGUGCUGCCCGAGCUAGCCAAUCGCACCCGGCUCUUCUCUGUCUGUGAUGAACACUGGGCAGAUGAGCUCUACCCUAAGAUCUACCACAGCUGUUUCUUCAUUGUUACCUACCUGGCCCCGCUGGGCCUCAUGGCCAUGGCCUACUUCCAGAUCUUCCGUAAGCUCUGGGGCCGCCAGAUCCCUGGUACCACGUCAGCCCUGGUGCGGAACUGGAAGCGGCCCUCAGAGCAACUGGAGGCUCAGCACCAGGACCUGUGUACAGAGCCCCAGCCCCGCGCCCGAGCCUUCCUGGCCGAGGUGAAGCAGAUCCGAGCUCGGAGGAAGACGGCCAGGAUGCUAAUGGUGGUUCUGCUGGUUUUUGCACUCUGUUAUCUGCCCAUCAGUGUCCUCAAUGUCCUUAAGAGAGUGUUUGGGAUGUUCCGCCAAGCCAGUGACCGGGAAGCCAUCUACGCCUGCUUUACCUUCUCUCACUGGCUGGUGUAUGCCAACAGUGCCGCCAACCCCAUCAUCUACAACUUCCUCAGUGGCAAAUUCCGGGAGCAGUUUAAGGCCGCCUUCUCCUGCUGCCUGCCUGGUCUGGGUCCCCGCUCCUCUGCCAGACACAAGUCCUUGCAGAGCCGGUGUUCUGUCUCCAGAGUCUCUGAGCACGUCGUGCUGACCAGUGUCACCACAGUGCUGUCCUAAGUGGGGCCUGGCCCA